GACGUACUUGAAAAUGCCAUUUGAUAUUUUCUUAAGCUCUUAAGACCCGCUAAAUCCGUUGAAAUUUGUUUACGCAAUUAACCGCCAUAUUCAAAUAGGUUUCUACGCGAUUUACAUUUGUUGUUUGUUCGUUUGUGCUGAUUCGUUAAUUAAUUUAAUUUCCCGAACCUCCGGCGCGGAAAUUCCGGCGUUAAAGGAUUAAAUAAUUAACGAACGUUAAUUGCGUGUUCAAACUACGCUGAAGGCUGCGCGAAAGCCAGGACGUGUGCUCGAUAAGCUUUAAUUUGCUGAAAAACAAAAAGUGCUUGUGUGCGUGAACUCGGCCGCUUCGCCGUCAAGCGCCGCCGUUAGAAGAGACAAAGAAACGUGUACGCGCGUUCGUUUGGCAUGCAAGAAGCAAGUCGAUGAACACACCUGAAGGAAUGCAGCGAUUACCUGAGUAAUAGCCCGGCUGAUGAGAACACGCGGCCGCUUACUUUUAUUUCCGAUAUAACGGGUGAACGUGCUGCAGCAGCUGUGCGACCUAGGACAGGCGCCACAACCGGUCACAAUGGAUGUUGAAACCGGGGCCGUUUUGGCCCUGCAGAUAUUGGCACUGUGCUCGAAUAGUCGCAGCCCUGUUGGCCUAUCUGAUGCGACAAUCCAGAAAUGCCACCGACGAGUACGAGUCGCGUAACAAACGUCAUGUACUCGUUACCAGCUGUGAUACAUGCGUAGGCUUGCAGAUCGCCCUUGCACUCUACGAAGCCGGCUACAAGGUGUUCGCGGGUCUGCUGGACCCGGCAGGCGGCUCGCCGUCGGUCAAAAUCCUGAAGGCGGUCGAGCUGGAGCGGCAGAAAGAGAGCGAGCCCGGCGGUACGGACGACGGUGAUUCGCAGCAGCCGGAAGUUGCGCGUGCCCGCGGCCAAAUCGUGCCAUUGGAGCUGGACCCGACGAGGGAGGAUAGUUUGCGCGCCUGUCUGGACGCCGUCAGAGCAAAGCUUCCGGCCGGCGAGGAUGGUCUCUGGGCAGUCGUGCACACGGGCGGCUUGGUUUUGCCGGGUGUCAUAGAGAAGCAGACCAGCUCGAUGUGGGAAUCUAUGCUGCGCCAUAACUUGGUCGCCCCGUUGAGAACAGCCAGAGUAUUCAUCCCUCUCCUGCGCAUUAAGAGAGGCCGCAUCGUCCUUUUGGGCGACGCCGAGACGAGCUACGGCAGCCAGGCGGGCUCCGGACUGGUGGCGUUCAGCGCAUCCCGCAAAGCCGUGGAGGGUGCCGCCGAGGCGUUAAAAAGCGAAUUACAUUCCUCGGGCGUCGACGUCGUGCUACUCAAACCGCCGCCAGUGAAUCCCUUCGUUCUUUAUGCAUCGCCCGUUCUCAAGACAAAUGACGUGGAGUCGGGCGUAACGGCUUCGGAGGGGACGUGGACCGCCCCGUUGUCGAUUCACUCCGUGCAGAACACUCUGAUUCCUGCGAUCGCAACGUCGUGCCCGCUAAACGUUUACGACAUGUCCGUCAAGCCAAGAAUCUUCUGUCGAUAAUCUCGUUCGGCUGAACGGAAGAAGAUCGCAAGAUUGUAAUAACAUCGUGUACUGUUCGACUGAUGCGCGCGCGUUUAUGCAAUACGCGGGAACAAUGGGGGCAUGGAAAAUAUGAUACACGCGUGUCUUUCUGUGGUGUCAUUUACGCGCUGACACGUCAUUCCGCGUGCCCUAAAGCGUCGUGAGCAGCGUUCUUUUUUUCUGUUUGGCGGCAGGCAACGAGUUUUCUGCGUAUGAAUGUUGCGUGUCAUUCUUUCACACUUGUUCCGAGCGGUAUCAAUUUUGCAUUCUCGCUUUUGUAUCGCAUCCAUUUUGCAUUGCAUCCACAUUUCGUAUUGAUUCGAGAUGUUUAAUAAAACAACCAAUAAUCUUCACCACUCGCAAAAUAAGUCGCAUUAUAGACGACUCUUAAUUUUUCGCUCCUUUCAUCUCCUUUUCCUUCAAAGUUGUAAUGCGAUUUAUAUUGUAAAAAUAAAAUUCUCCCAUAAAUAACCGUUAUACCCUCGUAUAUUUUGAAACUACGUAUUGAUGCGCUUAUCUUCGACUGAAAUGUUUUCAUAUUUGAUUGCGUUGUAAUUUUGCGAAAUUUAAGAAAAGUAGAAAUGCAAAAUGUCUCGGACAAAACCUUUUGGCGUAUAAUGUACAUUUUUCUCGAUUUUUAUAUGUAUAAAUGCUUAAGGAUAUAAGUUGUAUAAUUUUAAGAAACAAACACAUAUGUAAAGAAGAAAUUUGUGUUUAACAUUAAUACGUUAUGUUUGAGGUCUCUUUUUAAAGUAUUUUUUACAUUUUAAGUAUACUUUAUAACUAGCAUUAACAUAAAAAUUUAUUUUGCAUCAUAAAAGAUUCUUCCAACUCUUUUAAUAUGAAAUACUUUGUCCUCAAAAGACACUUGCUGUGGACACAGAGCGUAUAUAUAUCUUAAUUUAUGGAUUCAGUUUAUCGACUACUUCGUGUUUUUACACUGCCAAAUGAGUUAAAAUUGUACAAAGUAUGUCUGUAACAUUUCUUCGCAUCUUUAAAUGCGACAAAAUUACAAAUGUUUUGUUUCUGAACUGUGCUUAUAGAAUUAUAAAUGUAUCCGCAUAAAAGAAAUAUGUAUUUGUAAAGUAUAAUUAAAAUUCAAAAGUUUUGAAAAUAAAUUUAUUUCUUAGGUAAAAAUAAUUCUGUUUAAUAAGAGCGUAAUUAACAUAUACGAAUGCUAUGGUUAUAUUAAGAUAAAAUAAAGACUAAUGAGUGUGCAAUAUGCUGUUGCGUGCAAUCGCAUGUAACAUUAAUAACAUUUAUGUAUAUAAAAAUAUGUGUAUAAAGUAAUAUGAAAAGGUU